GGCCAGGCGCUUUCCUCAACAAGGUCCUCUCUGCCUAACAUGGAAUCACAGAGCGGUGCAAGCGUUACCGGUAGCGAAGCCGAUUUCCUCAAGAAAUGGCACCCGUCAUACCUGUACGGCCAACAGUCGUUACCGCAAAACGUUACCAGCAAUAGCACGCAGCAAGCUCGCGCCUCGCAAGUUGAUGACACCGAAAGAGAGUCGCGAACGGAUCCUAGAAGCGGUGAAGAUUCAUUAUAUAUGCUCAAAUCUGCACGAAAUUUCACUCAAGCAAGCGGCGGAGCACACGUUUCUGGAGGGUUAGGUAGUGGCGCCCCAGUAUCUGGCGGUCAAAUCCAGUUGUGGCAAUUUCUUCUUGAACUGCUCUCAGAUCCUCCAUCGCAUGGCCACUGUAUAGCAUGGGAAGGUCAAAACGGAGAGUUCAAGCUAACAGACCCCGACGAAGUCGCACGUCGCUGGGGUGAACGAAAGUCCAAGCCCAAUAUGAAUUACGACAAAUUGUCUCGCGCACUGAGAUAUUAUUAUGACAAAAACAUCAUGUCGAAGGUUCACGGAAAGCGCUACGCUUAUAAAUUCGACUUCGCUGGCCUCUCGGCGGCCCAACAACAGCAGUCCCUUCAGGGCGCUCCAAGUUUAGGUACACGCACUGCUGGGGAUUAUCGCCUUCAUCAUGCAGGUGACUUCUUCCUCACCCCCCAGGUCUACCCGCCUGGAUCAACCGGCAGAAAACUAUCGUCUAUGGAUUUCUCGUCAGGUGGAUAUUGGACUUCUGCUGGAAGCACUUGCCAGCCAUAUCGGGGCACACCACAUGUGCAGUAUUCGUGUGCAAUGUAAAAUGUCAUACCUCUUGGCAGGAGCGGACCUUUUCAAGUGAUUAUACGUAGCGAUAGCCACGAAGGAUAUGUAUGUUGAGAUUUUUUCAUUAAGGUCAUUUUUAUCAGUGCAAAUAUGUUGACUCAACUGUUUAUCUCACUACCCGCGUUGCUUCAUCUCAACUAUAGAAGAUGGAUAGGACUGACAUGAGAAAUAA